GGCCUGCAAGAAAUAUUGCCAAAAAAAAGAAAAGAAAAGAAAUUAAAUCGCAUACACAAAAAACAAUAAACAAAACAAAAGUGGUUUUGGGGUAUUAGAGGCUUUUGCAAGGAUUUCAGGGCAGGUAUUGCGGCAGGUAUUACGUCACUGAACCCGAUAAGGUUGUUGUACGCCACUUGAAUUGUGAAGCGAUCGUCGAAUUUCUGCAAACUUGAGCUCGGUUGAUGCCCACCUUUUCAGGGCAAUCAUGGGGUCAGAUAGCUGGGAGUGGUUCUGUGGGGUAAACAGUUCCGACCUCCACUUCUUUGAUGGUUUUGCUUGGAACAAGGACCACAUCUCAAACAACACAUGCUUCACCGAUGCCCUGGAUGCAGCCCCACAUGCUGUCUUUCUCGUCCUCUUCAGCUUCUUGCUCCUUGUUAUGGGAUGCUGCGCAGGGUACAGGACUGUCAACACCAAGUACCUCCUUCGCUACAAAGGCCACGCCUAUAAAUGGAUGCUCCUUGGUGUUCUCUUCCUUGUACAUUUAACAUCCAUCACCGAAGGCAUUUUAACAGAUGAGAACUAUAUGAACCAAUUUCACCCCACACAGCCGCAUUUCUACCUGCCAUCUAUUGCGGCACUUGUGACGUCGUUCCUGUCCCUGGUAUUCUACCAUCACAUGGAGGUGUGGCAAUGUGCCAGUAUGUCCCUAAUGUUGGUUCUCUACUGGACCCUGGCUAUCGUCGGUGAGGUGGCUGUCCUGCUAAACCUGAUCAGUUUAGGCCAAACAGGUUAUGACUGCAUGAGAUUCGAUCUGACCAUCUGCACGCUUGCACUCUAUGGCCUCAUUCUUUUGCUCGAACUCAACAUUAUCAGAAUCAAUGUUUUUGGAUGCUGUCAGAAUGGACUGAGUAAAUCAUUGCCCCGGGACCUGAGAGGAGCAGACAUGAAUUACCUUGACCAACAUGUGAACCUUCUCUCACAGGUGACAUACUGGUGGUUGAACUGGCUUUUGCAAUUGGGUUACAAGCGUCCGCUGGAAAUGUCUGAUCUUGGUGCCCUACCUCUCAUCCAUGAAUCUAACUUCAACCAUAACAGAUUCAGAGACGUCUUUGAAAAAGAAAAGGAAGAGAAGACGAAGGUAGGGAAGAAACCCAGCAUGUGGAAGGUCUAUCUCAAGGUGUAUGGCAGGAGGAACUUCUGGGCAGCUCUCUUGAAGCUGAUCGGUGACUGCAUGGGAUAUAUCGGCCCUCUUGCUGUAGGGGGUAUUACCCUAUAUGUCCAGAAUAUCAAGUUGGAUAUUCCUAAGGAGACUGGCUUUGUCACGUUCACCGACUUCUUUGCGAAUGGUUUUGUGCUGGUGGGAGUGAUGUUUUUUGCAGCGACUAUUAAGUUCUUAGCCCUUCAAACCCAUUACCAUUGGGUCAUCUUGGAAAGUAUGCAUAUUAGGACUGCUAUUCAGACCAUGGUGUACGAGAAGUCACUCCGUCUAUCUACCUAUGCCACUACUGGUGGAAUGAUGACGAUGGGGCAGAUUACCAACCACAUGUCGACGGACGCCAUGUCACUUCUCUUCUGCUUUCAAAUGAUGCACUACUGCUGGUCCAUUCCACUUCAGAUCACUGUGACAUUAGUGUUGCUGUAUCAGCAGCUUGGAUUGGCUGCGUUGCUUGGCUCAGCAAUCUUUGUAUUCCUGCUACCGUUCCAGGCGAAGAUUGCUAGUCUGAUGUCUAGACUACAGAAGACAACCCUAGACUAUUCUGAUACACGUCUGAAGCUGUCCAACGAGAUGCUGCAGGGUAUUAAACUCUUGAAGUUGUAUGGCUGGGAGGAGCUCUACUGUAGUGCCAUCGAGGCAGUGAGGACCAAUGAACUCUGGGCCAUGUUUAAGAUCAAUGGCAAUAUUGUCGCCACAAUCUUUAUCACAUCUACUGGACCCAUCCUUGUUACCCUUGUGUCGUUUGGAACCUACACUCUCUUCACCGGAAAACCACUCCUUCCUGACGUGGCCUUUGCCUCUCUCUCUUUCUUCAACCAACUGACCAUACCACUGUUCUUGUUGCCCAUGACCCUGGCCGUCAUGGUCAAUGCGGUGGUCAGUUCCAACCGUCUACUCAACUUCUUCCUGGCGCCCGAGGUGGAGACCGCUGGCACUACUGAUUCGCUGAGGGAGGAGGAUACCACCGAUGGGGGUGAAGAGAACGGCCAGGUUCCUGCUAUCGGUUUCCGUCAGCCUUCUACCAGCGAGAAAGCAUCGCUGUUGCAGAAUGAGGAUACCUCUCACAAAUAUGGAUAUGGCUCGGUGGAUCGCCUGUCGAGGUCAGAGGCUUCACCCAGUCCAAUCCCUGAUGACAUAGCUGUCAAGCUUGUGAAUGCCAGUUUUACAUGGGAUGCAGACAGUAACCUUCCUAUCAUAUCCAGAGCUAAUGUGGAGAUUCCAAGAGGUAAACUAACAAUGAUAGUUGGCCAGGUAGGAAGUGGAAAGUCAUCGAUUAUCUCAGCUAUUCUUGGAGAGAUGACUACGAUGAGUGGAAGUGUUUUGUUCAACAGCAAGAGUAGCAUUGCAUAUGCUGCCCAGAAAGCCUGGCUGCUCAAUGCAUCCCUCAAGGACAACAUCAUCUUCAACAAUGAGCUUGACCAGAGACGAUACCGCAAGGUGCUCCGGUCCUGCGCCCUGGAGCCAGACAUUGAGAUCCUUCCUGGAGGGGAUCAGACAGAGAUCGGUGAGAAGGGCAUCAACCUCAGCGGAGGUCAGAAGCAGAGGGUUAGCGUCGGAAGGGCAAUGUACUCCAACAGGGAUAUUAUCAUCCUGGACGACCCACUGUCUGCCCUGGAUGUUCAUGUUGGAAAGACACUGUUUGAAGAAGGAAUCAUGAAGCUGUUGAUUAAGAACAACCAGACUGUUAUCCUGGUAACCCAUCAGUUACAGUACCUCUCGGAGGCUGAUAAGAUCCUAGUGAUGCAGGAUGGUCGCAUUAAGCACCAGGGUACUAUGGAUGAGAUAGCCGAAGCCGAUCCUACGCUCUACAGCAGCUGGACAGAGGCCGUCAACGAGGUCUCGGAGGCAGAGGUGGACCCGUCCGGCAAUGAAUCGGAAUCAGAGACAGAGCGCAUCAAGCUCAAGAGACAGAUCUCCAGGCAGAAGACCGUAGAGGAAGAGGAAAAGAAGAAAGCCGUGGACAAUAUAAGUAGUGAAGAGGGUAAGCUGAUCGAGAAGGAAGAGAUGGAGAGAGGCUCUGUGUCCUACAGGGUCUACAUGUACUACCUCAGAGCCAUCACCUUCCCCGUCGCCUUCAUAGUCACAUUCUUUAUCUUGAGUCAGUCGGGCAUCCGAAUCGGAACCAACUUCUGGCUCUCCAAUUGGUCCAACGCCAAUGCCAACUUGGCACCAAAUGCUACCGGUGAUGAGGAUAUUACAUACUGGAUAGGUGGUUAUGCAGGGCUCUCCUUUGGGACCAUAGCUGCUCAGCUGAUAGCCUCUGCUCUCCUGGUGUUCUCAUCCCUCAUAGCUGCUAGGAGUCUACAUCUGGCUAUGCUACACACCAUCAUUAGGGUACCCAUGAGAUUCUUUGACACCACACCAAUCGGACGUAUCAUCAACCGCUUCUCCAAUGAUACUCAGAUCGUUGACAUGAAACUGAUCAACACUUUGAACGGCCUGCUCGGUAGUAUGAUGAACUGCUUGUCAGCCAUCGUAGUCAAUGCUAUAGUGACACCAAUCUUCUUAGCAGUGGUAUUUCCCGUCGCCGUAGCGUACUACUUUCUUCAAAGGUUCUUCAUCACCACUUCUAGGGAACUUCAACGUCUGGACAGUGUAUCAAAAUCACCAGUGUUUGCCUAUUUCUCUGAGACACUUGGUGGACUAGCGACCAUCAGAGCAUACAAUUCGCAGAAGACGUUCUAUCGCACAAUAAUGGAGCGCAUAAACGUCAACAACACAGCUUAUCUGUACCUACAGACUUCCAACAGAUGGUUAGCAGCAAGGCUGGACUUCAUCGGUGCUCUUGUGGUUCUGCUAGCAGGAUUAACAACAACCAUCAGCGCAGUGAAGGGAAGUGUUGCUGCCAGUGAGGUCGGCUUGGCCAUCAGUUAUGCACUUCAGGUGUCUGGGUAUCUAAACUGGGUGGUACGUAGUGCAGCAGAUACGGAGAUGCAGAUGAAUGCUGUAGAACGUGUCAAGUACUACAGCUCUCUCAAAAGGGAACAAUAUGAGGGUUUGGAGCCACCCCUGAAUUGGCCCCAGAGAGGUCAGAUCUCAAUCGACAAUGUGAGUGUGAGAUACGCAGCAGAUCUAGACCCAGUCUUACAGGAGGUCUCGGUCAACGUCAGGGCCGGAGAAAAGGUUGGCAUAUGUGGUCGUACUGGAAGUGGGAAAUCAUCUCUCACUCUGGCUCUCUUCAGGAUCAUUGAUAUCUUUAGAGGUCGUAUUUUGAUUGAUGGGAUAGACAUCGCCACCAUUCCUUUGACCACCCUUCGUCAGAGGCUUGCUAUUAUCCCACAGGACCCAGUACUCUUCACAGGAACCAUUCGACGUAACUUGGAUCCGGAGGAGAAGCGUACAGAUCAGGAGCUGUGGGAGGCUCUGGAGAUCGCUCAGCUCAAAGAUGUCGUCGGAAACCUGGAGCAAGGCCUUGAAUCCAAGGUGACAGAAGGAGGAGAGAACUACAGCGUCGGUCAGCGUCAGCUGUUCUGUCUUGCCCGAGCUUUCUUGCGUAAUUCUCAGGUCCUGAUCAUGGAUGAGGCUACAGCAUCCAUUGAUAUGCAGACGGAUCAAAUCUUACAGGAAGUUGUGGCGUCAGCUUUUGCAGACAAGACUGUGCUGACUAUUGCACAUCGGAUCGCUACCAUCUUGAGCUCGGACUCCAUCUUGGUGCUCUCAGAUGGCAAGGUCAUCGAGUACGAUUCUCCUGAUAAUCUCCUAGCCCGUGAAGACAGUGUCUUUGCUUCCCUUGUCAAAGGAAGUCAAUAAUGAUCCACCAUCUUGAAAUCGGACUCCAUCUUGGUACUCCCAGAGCUCAAGAUCAUCGACUACGAUUCUUCUCAUAAUUUCUUGGUCAAGGGUAGUCGGUGAUUUGCUUGAUCCUGGUCAAAUUAGUGUCUUUAUUGUUGAACUGCCAUCAUUUGUAAUUAGAUCAAAAAUGUCAUUCACAAGCAGAAAAGAAAACACAUGGAGUGUGCAUGUUCAUGCAUUCAUGUCAACAGCACACAUAUUACAUCUACUUAUAUACACUUUUGUUCCAUGUCAUGAAGUUAAAGUGUCACAUUCUCUAUUUGUAUUCAUUAACACACAGCCAGUAUACUUAAAUAUUAUUACACCGGUCAUCAUUCAUGCACAAUGUGCACCCUCUCCAUUCCCUUGGGAGUAUUCCUACUAUAUUGUCACUCUGAGGGCAUCAUGGCAAUUACUAACAUAAAGGCUUCACUCCUGGGUAUGGAGUCGCAAAUAUAGAUUAAUACCUUGACGAAGGAUAUUAGUGCCAUGUCUUCGAUCUAACCUAUGACCUUUGCAUUUCAACACCUACGACACCUCUCCUCUUAAAUGAGUCACAGUCUACAAAUAAUAUUUAUUUAAUUUAAUAAAUAUAUAUGUAUAUGUUCAUCAGCUAUGACAAUCAUGUAAUAGUUUUCAGUGUGUUGUGCACUGAUACAAUUUGUUUAGACUACCGGUUUUGAGAUAAAUAUCUAAUUUGGGUCUUUUAUUAAAAUAUUAGGUUUUAAUGGAUUGUGUGUAGUAAUCUUAUAUGCACUACUUCUGAAAUUCAUUAUUCAUUUUUGUACUUUUUAGCAAUCUUGAUCCAUAUUUUAUAAUUGUAUGUGAUUUUUAUAUAUUUGAUAUUUUAGUAUAUUGACCUUGCAACUUUCAGUGAAUAUUCUUAAUUUCCUAAUAAAGGUCACAAACUGUAUUUUUGCAUACAAAUUGAGACAUGCAUAUAAUUUGCUGUGUGAUAGGUACUCAGUGUGAUUUAGUUUUAUAUAUAUAUAUAUAUAUAUAUAUAUAUAUCUAUACAAACUCCUGUUUUUUUAUACUAACAAAUAAAAUUUUUAUUUUUAUUUUGUAUUUCUUUGAGAAAAAAAAAGAUUUGAUGCACCAGUAUUCAACUAUUUUUAAAGCAAGAAGAAUACAUUUCUAGAACUAAUAAUAACAUCUCGUCAUGAUAAUCUUUAAUAGAAACGUGAACAUACAAUCAUAUUUCACAUUUUAUUACAAAAUUUCAAAUGAAUUUACUAAGUAUAAUAGGUAGAUAAGCAAUCUAUAAUUCUGGGUAUAUGAUUUUGUAGUUAUUUUGUGUAAUAUGUGUAUAGCACAUGUCAUGUAAUAUAUGCUUUAUCAACAUUUCCCCCCAAGGUUGAAUAAAUGAUUUGUUUGUCACAAGGAGCUACAGAUAUAGAGGCAUUGAGGAAUGUCCAUUGUGAACUACAUGCAUUGCUGUACAUGAACAUGGUAUUUGUACGGUUGAGAUGCUGCAGAAAACGACAUCACAACUUUAUUGUGAUAAAUAUACAACAUUUAUGUAGGAUAUUCUGAUUUUGUUUACUGCCACACGUACAAUGUAUGUACAGGUGUACUCGGUCAUUUUGAACUCAUUCAUGCUAAUUUGAGUAUUGUACAAUUUAUUGUAUAAGUCCUUAUUUUCGCGUUAAGAUAUUUUCUCUGAUCAAGGGUUCAAGGACGAAUUUGUGAGUUGUUAUUCGUGUAAACCCACAACCACUACCAAUUAUUUACUUUUCAAUAAUGAUCAAUCUAUUUCCAUUGAUCAUGAACUUGUAUCACAAUCAUCAUGAUGAAAGAACUGUAUUGGGGAGAAGUAGAUGAAAAUAAUCUAUUGAAGUUUCCCAUUACAAUCAGUGUGGUCUCAAAAUAAGCUGCAUGACCCGAUGACGGCUCGUGCUAUAGUGCACAACAUGUGAUAGGGCUUACUGUAGUGAUUAAGGCAUGCAACAUUACUUGCUGGAAAUAUUUUUGUGUGUUGCUAAAUCAAUGAGUGAAUUGCACGAAAAGAAUACCCACCAGGUUAAGAUAACUGUAAUGGAAUAGAAUAGAUUUAAAGGAUAUUUUUUGAUGUGGAUAAUUUCUUUCUUCUGCUUUUGAUUAAUAACUAUUAUGCUUGCAUAAGAUACAAGUGUGUAGAUUUAAGUGACCUUUGAUCUCAUCGGUUUGCACUUAAUAUCAUUUAACCCUUGGAAAAUGUCUUUAGAUUACAACUCUAGUAAAUUGUUUUAUAGUAUACUUUUUGUUUGAGAUAUACAACUUUUUUUGUUGUAAUUUGAGAUCUAUUUUCAGAAAUUGUAUGUAUAAAAUUUGGUAUAGAGAAUUGUAUUGAUUUUGUUUAGUCUGAUUAAUAAAUAUUGAUAAGAAUUAA